UUUAAAAAGGCAAAAACAGGAACUCUCAGAUUGUGACUUCCCCACCUCUUGUGCCAUGGGUUGUUUAUUAGGAUUGGGGUGGUUCAUUCUUUUCAUAGCUGUUAUUUCCACAGAGGCUCAUAAGAGGCCCCCUUUAAAUAUCACCUCUAAAUGUCUGGAGAACGUGAUGCGUGUGGAUGUUGGUCCGCUUGGAGGCAAUCUUCUGAAAAUUACUGCUGUCAUGAAUAACUCAGCCAUACCUCUUACGCCAAGUUUAGCCUCUCAGUGUGGCAUCAGUGUGAAGAUAGACCUGCUUGGAAAUGCCUUGAUUUAUGCCUCACUUCAAAACUGUUUUGCUCACAAUGUGGAUGAUAAAGAAUUCACAACAAUGUUACUGCUUCAACUGCAUGGAAACCAGUUGUUUGAAGAUGAGGUGUACCAGGUGGUUAAAACCUGUCGCUACAGUCCGUGGGCCUCCAGGGAAAUCAUCUGUGACCACAACUACAUGGAGGUGUCUGUGACGAGGGCAGCUCCAGAUGACUAUAGCCUGCCUGAACAUCCCAUGCGGCGGGGCAGCCCAGAGUUUGCUUAUUUUCGACGAGGUGUGGAGGUUAGAGGAGCUCGUAAACGCCCUCUAGAUGCAGGAUACAGAAUCACAACUGUUGUGUUCUUCACACCUGAGGAGAGGCCUAUGAAGGUGACUGAGGCCCACCAGCGAGGAUACGGGGUAGGAAACACUCCCACGAGACUGGUUCUGCGAAGUUCAAAGACUGGUCUGGCAACGUACACCCAAAUUGUAGCAGGGGUGCCCAUGAAGGUGUUCAAAACCUCAACAGUCUUUGAGAAGCAGUGGCUGGCCACUCGAAUUGCUGCAGCAGCUGCUUGCCCCUUAUUAGAUGGUCACAGUGUUUCCUUCACUCCCACUAUGAUCACCUGGCGCCUGCCCCAACGCAUUGACCCUCUAAUUUCCUCCAGCCGAGUUCAACUCUUGGAGGUGCACAUGGGAAUCAACGGUCAGAGGCUUGAUCCUGCUCAGAUAUCGGCCAGGCUGUCUGCCGACGACUCGUACAUCAUUGUUCAGAUUCCUGUUGGGGCUAAUGGUGGAUACUUUAAGAGCCAUAUUCAGCAAAAUCGGUAUCUUCUCUCUUACACAAUCGAACCAAUGCUGGAGUUGCUUUGGACUGAAGCUACUGGAGAAGACACAAGAUACAAAGUCUUGUUUCCCAUCACAACACCACUAUUGUCACUGGAUCCUCAAGUUUUUGACAAUACUGUUCCCAAGCAGCAAGUGUUUAGGAUGGUGCUUGGGCAUUUUGGCCCUGAUGUGGCACUAAUAAACAUUACCUUCCCCUCUGAGGUUUUGACUAUGGCACAGUGCUAUGCCAGAGGCUUUAACAUCAAAGAGCAAAUGUCCUCUAACAGCAGCUUGAAGGCCUUUACACUUGAAGUGCCCUUCACAGACCCUGCUGUUCUACAAAUGAGGGGGAUGGGAUUUACAGUCUACUCUCUUCACCUGACCUUUGGUUUGCUGGUGCUGAAUGAAUUUGCUCCAUUUUCUCACACUGCUUAUCUGGAAGCCACUAUAGAAGACAUGGUUCCUCCUUCUGUCUCUGGAGGCUGUGACUAUCAGAAUUUUUAUGUCCUUGUGAAACAUGGAACCAGAGAGUUCAAAUUUCAGACUAUGGUGGGAAAAAGACUGCUGACCCCAGGCUUGGCUCAGAAAUAUGACCUCAUGGAGAAUGGAACGCAUUUCAGUCUCAUAGUGCCGUUUGCUGCCCCUGAUGUUGCAUUUGAGGCUAUUGAGUCAACCUCCAUUAGGACCAGACUUGAUGUGAUCCUCAUGGACCCAGAAACAAACGUGUCCAUCACUGACUUCUCUCUGGGUUGCAGUUUCUUCUCACCACUGACUGAGUGUUUCCCUAAUGGUACCAUGACUGCCCUGGCUGUAAAACUGGAGUCAGUUCCCAGUCUGAACCCCAGUCAGCUCACCCUGCAUGACCCCACCUGUGGUCCAGUCUACAGUGAUGACCGCUAUGCUUACUUUGUGUUCACUGUUAACUCCUGUGGGACUAUCAGAAAGUUUGUACAUAAUGUGAUGAUUUACGAAAAUGACAUCGCUCUGCCAGAUGUCCUUGAAAUGGCGAGCGACGCAAACUCUGAUGAACCAGAAUAUCAGUUUCGGGUUUCAUGUUACUAUGACCUCAACACAACCCAUGCUGUGUCCUUCCACACCAGACCUCGCAGGAGCAAACCAUAUGCUGAAAAUGCAAAAGGCCAGCUGCAAGUGGCAAUGAGACUUGCUUUAGAUGACUCCUUUAAGGAGUUUCACAGGCUCGAGGACUUUCCCAUUGUGAAAUAUCUUCAGCAGCCGCUGUAUUUUGAGGUGGAGCUCAUGAGUUCAACAAAUCCCCGAGUAUCACUGGAGCUGGAGAACUGCUGGGCAACAUUGGCUGAGGACAAGAUGUCUCAGCCCAGAUGGGAUUUCAUUAUUAAUGGCUGUCCAAACACAGACCCAUACCAGGUGGUCUUCCAUCCAGUGUGGACUGAUGCCAGAGUUCGCUAUCCCUCUCACUUAAAGCGCUUUGAGGUCCAGAUGUUUGCCUUUGAAAACCAAGAAGCCUUAAGUCCCCAGCUCUUCAUGCACUGUGAUGUUGUGAUCUGUGAUGCCAGAAAUCCAUUAGGUGGAGUUUGUAUUGGGCAAUGUUCAAACCCAAAGAACAGAAGGAAAGGUAAAAGACAUGAUGAUCCAGAGGAACCCAGUUCCAAGUCAUCUGUGUCACUUGGACCAGUAAUUAUAAGUUGAUUAUAAUAAAGACUUAAUUUU